AUGCGCCGCCUCCACCAUCCUCCACCACCCUCAAGCCUCUCGCCUCCUCCAUCGUCUCCACCACCCUCCUGCGCCCUCCAUCAUCCUCAGACCUCUCGCCUCCGCCGCCUCCACCAUUCUCCUGUGCGCUCCACCGCCUCCACCAUCCUCCUGUGCGCCUCCACCACCCUCAACCCUCCCGUCUCCUGCGCCGCUACCACCAUCCUCUUGCGCGCUCCACCGCCUCCACCAUCCUCCUGCGCGCCUCCACCACCCUCAACCCUCCCGUCUCCUGCGCCGCUACCACCAUCCUCCUGCGCGCUCCACCGCCUCCACCACCCUUCUGCGCGCCUCCACCACCCUCAGGCCUCUCGUCUCCUGCGCCGCCUCCACCGCCUCCACCACCCUCCUGCCUCGUGCCUCCAACACCCUCAACCGCCUCGCGUCUCCACCACCCUCCCACGCCACCUCCACUGCAAAACCCUAAGAUUUCUUUUUGUAGAGGUUCCACCGCCUCCACCCUCCACUACCUCUAUCCAAACAGAUUUCUGGUUUUGGUUGAUUUGA